AAGAGCUGCCACUUGCCUUAACAUUUUCAUACCAUAAAAUAUUUCAAUUAAAGGUUUGCUUACAAUAUGGAUAGCAAACUGUGAAGACUUAAGAGUUUUUGCAUCAGAAAUCAAAUUUUGAGCGGAGUUGGCACAGUUUUGAAAUUUCUUUUUUAGAAUUUAAUUCAAAAAAAAAAUUAAAUUUUAUAAUCUCCGCACUAAACUGAACAGAUCUAAGAAAAAUAUCUUAACAUUUGAAGAGCGCAAUAAUUUUGUAGACGUUGUCACAUAUUCAUAAAUCGCCUUAAAUGGAUAAAACAUGUUCUUAAUAACUAUAAAUAUAAUAGCGAAAAAUCGGCAAUACUUUUGCCUAUACAUAGAGUAAUACGAAGAGACACUCUCUCGAACAUUUUUUAAAUUGUCGAAAAAAAAAAUGUAAAUUCCACCGUUUCUAAUUAUAUGACCGUUGCUAUUUACUAAUUUAUAUGCGCAAAAUAUGUAUUAAUUUGUUUAGCUUAUAAUAAAUACAAAACAAAAGUCUGGUUGAAGUGUUAUCUACAUUAAUUAGCAAUGAGUUCAAAAAAAAGCCAUAAAAGCGGACGGAAAACUGAAAAGUUAUCAUAUUCAAUUAUUGCACAGCGAGGCGUACUAUCGUGCUUUCACACGCAGAUAAACACACAGUAAAAUACACCAAUACUCUCAAUUAUUGCGUCACAAUGGAAAUGAAAUUUGUGCUACUCGCCUUCUUCCUCGCGGCGCUACAAAUCGUAAACGCGCAGAAUUACUGUGAUUCGUCUUACUGUGGAGCCAGGACGCAUAUUGCUUGCAACAACAAUGGGAAUUUCGCAAGAUCUUGACUAAGUCCAGCCUUGGUCACUUUUACACAGGCGCAGAAGGACGCAAUCGUCGAUUCGCAUAAUGCCAAACGUAAUACCGUGGCUGCCGGCAAUACAGCGCUAAGCCCAGCCUGUCGCAUGGCCACCAUGCAAUGGGACGAAGAAUUGGCCACACUGGCGGCGUUGAAUGUCAAACAAUGUCAAAUGCGGCAUGAUGCCUGUCACAAUACAGAUGCUUUCGAGUAUUCCGGUCAGAAUUUGGCGUGGAUUACUUUCUAUAAUACGCCGAAUACUACGCGAUUGUCUUUACAAUCAGUUGAUAUGUGGUAUAAUGAGAUUAAGGAUACCAGAAUGGCGUAUAUAAAUAGAUAUCCGAAUAAUUAUCAAGGCCCCACCAUUGGACAUUUCACCGUUAUGGUGGCAGAUCGCAAUAUUCGCGUAGGCUGCGCUGCUUCCACCUACAACGUAUCGGGUCAACGAUAUAAAUCAUACCUAUUCGCCUGUAAUUAUGCAACAACAAAUAUGAUCAACUUCCCAAUGUAUAAGAGUUGUUCGGUACCAGCUUCGGAAUGCACGGCUGGUAAAAAUCCGAAAUACAGUAGUCUGUGUGCGGCCUCCGAAAGGUAUGAAGUUAACAGAUGGUACUGAAGUAAUAUGACAGUAAAUGGAAUCCAAGUUUGACUUUUACUUUGAAUGGUUAAUAAAAUUAAGAUAAUAUUAAUAAUAAUAAUAUUAAUAUACAUACAUGGAUUUAUAAAAUGC